AUGGAUCUUUUUGUUUUACUCUCGAUAUUCUCUGCAUCGGUCAUUGUUGGGUUGUUUGGUUUUAUAUUUCGUUAUAAAUUUUUUCGAAGUGAGCCUGAGAAUGUUGUACAAGAUGAUCCAGUCGAUAGACCUAGACCAGGAGUCCGCAUACAACAUCGUAACACAUUACGUCGAAACAAUCGCAAUGUAGUAGAACCUAGAAAUGAAAGUGCUGAAAAUGACGAUGCUGCAGCCGACCCUAGUAUUAUUGCUGCUAUAGAUCCAAAACUAGGAGCUAAAAAACGAGCAAAAUUGGAAGCUAAAGCAGAGAAAAAGGCCAAACGAGAAGCUGAUUUACAAGAACGUGAAGACCGUAAGAAAAAACAAGAUGCAGAAGAAUCAGAGAGAAAAGCUAAAGAAGAUCACGAAAAGCGACAAGAGCAAGAGCGAUUAGCACUAGAAAAAAAAAUCGAAGAAGAAAAAGCUAAAAAAGAGCAUUUAGAAUACAUACAAUUAAAAGAGACCUUUGGUAUAGAAGAAGAAGGCUAUGAAGAAACAUUAGAGGAUGAAGGAGUGACAUUAACUCAAUUCAUUGAACACAUUAAGGAAAAUAAAGUAAUUGUUUUGGAUGAGCUGGCUUUAAAAUUCAAAUUAAAAACUCAAAUUGUAAUAGAUAGGAUUCAAAGCUGCAGCAUAAAAUUAAACAACUGUAUCUUUCCUAAAACAUAA